AUGGCAUCGCAUUCAAGCGGCACGACCGAAUACCAACAUUUUGUUCCCCAGUUCCUGCUUCGAAACUUUUCCAAGCCGUAUGAACCACCAAAAAAUGAGCCGGGACGACAGUCCAAGAAGAGACGUGGCAGGGGCGUCAAGAUGUACCGCGGGGAGCGUGUCGUUAGCCAUGUCGACCUCACAGCCGAUAAAUUGGCCAUCGAAACCACCCCGGUCAAGCGAGUCCUGGGCAUGAACAACAUGUACGAGGACCUCGCUCAAGCCACAGCCAAGGAAAGGCACCACAUCGAGGAGAUGUUCGGAAGGCUUGAAAGCGCUGCCAGUCCUGUAUUUCGCAAGAUCACCAAAGCGUUCGAGCAAGGGGAUACUGAACUCUGGUUGACGCGAGACGAGAGGAACAUCGUCCGUAAAUUCUUGUUCCUGCUCAAGUACCGCGGCUCUCAGUUCCGCCGACGAUUCUACCACGAUACGCCAGAACAGUAUGAUUCGGAUGACAAAUUGCAGCUGCGCCAAUAUAUGCGUGACCGAGGCUUCCAACGACCUAUCGAUGUCUGGUUUGAUAACCUCAAAGCCAUUGCAGAAUGCAAGAUGGAUGUCGAGGGCAAGUGGAUGACAGAUAUCCUCGAACGAAUGUACCCUGAAGAUGCCAUGUGGUUUUGCCAUCACACUCAGCAGUCUUACAUGGCUCUGUGCUCUCCUUCUGAAGCCGAUGCGGAGUUCCUUUUGGGCGAGAAUAGCUACACUGUAUGGGAGGGAAUCAGUUCUUUCAGAGUCGACAUGAAAACAGGAGAGGAGAUAGGCUCUUCCUGGGUCGACUUUCAUGACUUCGCGCCAGUCUCGCCGAAGGUGAUGAUCGUGUUGAGGAGCUUUCUCCUCCCCUUGCCAGAAGAGGAUGCUGAUCCUAAGUUCCGGAAACUAAAGGACCAAUGGUGGGCAGAUGCUGUCGAUCGACCAUUCGGGGCUGGCCGCAGAUCGGAGCUCGCUGACCUGCCCAUCGCGAAAGCGCGCAACAACUACACGGAAUUGAUCGAUGGGCAGCUGAGGCCGCUCGAACCGCAAGCGCCAAGGUCCAAGCACGACAAGUUCCUUUUCAAGUUCUUCCGUAUCAAUCGCGACCACGUCAACAAGAUCAACUCAUUCCUGCUGGAUAAUGCUCACUCAAGCAUCGUGUUCGCAUCUCCGGCGAUCUUCACCAGGACCUUGGAAUGGUACAUGGCGGACACGUCUCAGACCUGGAAGACCGUUGUGGGAACGGAAGACGAGAGGAAUGCAAAAGUCAUCUUGCUCACGAAGCUCGCCGCUCUGAUGAAGUCCUUGGGGUCUGAAAUCGAACCCGUCUGGGAAGAGGCACCGAGCGCAAAGUCUUUGAUGUUGAAUUUCACGGGCCAGGGGCCUACCGGUGUCCUGCGCUCAGAGUACCAAAAACUCCUGGACGGCAUGAUGAAAAAUUUGGACCGAGAAGACGCGACGAGAAUGUUGGAGUUGGAAGUGGAACUCUUUGGCAAGCCAGAAGACGCCAGGAUCACUGAUUCGAGCUGCCCCUCUCUGCUACCUCUCGCAGUCUGUGAUCGUAAUGACAUCAUAUCAGCUGUCUAUCAGUUCGCUAAGGGGGAGGUUCUGAGUCGCCACAUCUACGAAACUGCUAGGAACAGCAUCGAGAAGGAUAGGCCGCCAGUUUUCAAGGUUCGGAUUGACAUCUGCCCAGACGCUCUUCUGAUUGGAGCAAGAAUACACAGCUUCGUGUUGAGGCCCGGCUGA